GGCCAAAAAUCGCGUCCGUCGACUACCGACAGAGGUGUACUUAUGCGACGAUGAUGAUCGGGUUCAGUGUUCGCGUUACUUUCGGCCAGCCGGAGCCGGAGCCGCGAUAGAUCCAGUUUUUGGACGACCAUGGAUCCGCCAAAAAUCACUUAGUAUAAAGCUCACGAAUAAUCACAAGUCGCGGUAUGGAGCAGUUCGAGCAACUGCUGACCUGCGCCAUUUGCUUGGACAGGUAUAGAAAUCCAAAGCUGCUGCCAUGCCAACAUUCCUUUUGUAUGGAACCGUGCAUGGACGGUUUGGUCGACUACGUCCGCAGACAAGUAAAAUGUCCAGAAUGUCGUGCCGAACACAGGAUACCGUACAACGGCGUCCAAGGAUAUCCGACAAACGUUACUUUACAGCGUUUUUUGGAGCUCCACAUCGAGAUCACUGGAGAACUUCCAGAUCCGACAAGCGGGCAAGUGAUGAAACGCUGCGGGGUGUGUUCGGAAAAAGCGUACGUCAUGCCCUGUGUGCAUUGCGACAAGGAAGUGUGUACCGACUGCAAAGGCGCCCACAUGGAUAUAUUGAGAAGAGAAAUAUCUAGAAUUAAUAACCAGGUGAGACGAGCCGUACACAGACUAUCAGACAUGCUUUCUGGCGUUGAGAAAAACAUGCUAACUUUGCAGUUAAACUGCACUUCAGUAUCCGAAGAAGUGGACGAGAUCUACCGGAGGCUGUCUAAAGCUUUAAAAGACCGCACUGAACAUCUGCGCGGCGAAAUAGACCGUUAUCUGACGACGGAGCUAAAAAACCUGUGUAACCUCAAAGAAAACCUAGACAUAGAAAUUUCAAACAUCCAAAGCAACUGCGAUCUGGCCGAUAAAUACAUGCAGUCCGACGAUGUGGAAUGGGACGAUAGCGAGCUUAUGGACGCCAAAGAAAUAUUCUUGAAAACCGUGGAUUUCAUCAGAAACUUCGAGACGGACAUUGGGGAUUACAACAGAAAAGCAAAAUUCAUCAUGGCUCACGACCCCAACCAAUUGGUCAUGCACGUUGCCGGUUACGGGGAUUUGUCUAUUCAAGCUCCUCAUCAACCGUUUUCGGCCAGCUCGAACAUGCUUCAAGCUCCCGGUCCGGGUCUCAUGCGAUCCAAAAGUGAUCACCGAUUGGCUUCCCAGUUCCGCCAAGAAGACAGGAACGCGUACGAGCCCGGUGGCGAGAUAGGAGGAAGAGUGUCGCCCCUCGGAGGCAGGAAAUUCGGUGAGAGGUAUCCAGCACGAUACGCCCGUGGGGACAGGAGUGAUUAUGACGUGGACUCUUCCCACGACAACGAAAACCGAAGCACUGCCAGGUCCAGGAUCAGAUCCAGAUUGAACAGACACGGCAUAGGAGAUAACACGGAUUCGGAUACGGACUCGCGGUCAGUUCGUUUCUCGGACACGAACACGGUCCAUCGGGAACGAGAACGUGUUUUGGACACCGAAGAUGUGGCCAAGGGCCCGUUGAGCGGUAUCACGAGGUUGUACGACUCACCCAGAGUGAUGAAAAGGCUACAGGAAAACGAAAACAAAGAAAAGAAAGUGGACGUUGCGCCCAAACCACAAGUGCAGCUACAAAUGCAACAACAAGUUCAGCAAAUAAAAAAAUCGUCACCACAACAAACGCCUCAGCGCCAAUUAAGUGAGGACGACGAAAUAGCGAGAAUCAAACGACAAAACAAAAACGCUUCUACCUCUUCAGAUACGGAACGAAGAGACAGAGUUAGUGUGAUCAAACGAGACGAUUCCAGGGAUUCCAACCGAUCAUCUUCGGAUGCCUCAAGAAAAACACCAGUGCCCGAACCUGCUGAAAAUAUCGAAUCAUCCGAGAGUGAAUCCGAAGAAGAAGUAGUAGAACCCAGAAAAACAACACCGGUUAGCAAACCGGGAUUUCCACCGACAUCCUCUUCUGCAGCCGGAUCGAGACGAUCGUCCGCAACAUCAGGUAAUAUUCAGAAAAUAAAAUCUGCUAGGUCAGAGAGUAUUGAAAGUUCUGGUUCAUCUGAAACUCCAGGAACUCCAGGAACUCCAGGAACUCCAGUGCGAAGAAAUGCGGGAGUAACGUAUCCUACGGAAGAGGCUAAGCAAUCGCCGGCCGGUUCAAGAUCAGGAAGUGCAACACCACGUGCUCGUUUCUCUUCGGUGUCUUCGAAAAGAGACUCAGCCACACCAACUAACUCAAGGAGUCAAAGUUACAGCGUCACUGGUAACAAAGAUGGUGCAGCCAAAAAAGAAGAAAUAGAAGACGAAGAAGAAGAAGAGGAAGACACGGAUACGUCUUCAGAAUCGUCCGAAUCUGAAUCUGAUGAAGACUCUGAAGAAGCUAAACCCAAAACACCAGCGCCUAAAGCAAUGGAUAAAACGGAUAUUGGCCCGCUGUUGGCCAGAAGUGCUAACGCUAGAGAUAACGGGAGUGGAGGCAGCAACAGCAGUUCGAGAAGACCCAGCCAAGACGAAACCUACACUAGAUCGCGGUACGGCACUGGCGGAUAUAAGUCGUCGUCGUCGUACCAGAGCCCCAAGGAACCCGAACCGGCCUCCAGCGGUAGUAAGUACCUGAACAGAACCGCUCCACGGUUCACUAGCAGAUUUUUAAAAAAUAAACCUAUCGAAGAGGACCCUAGCAAGUCGAGUUACGGCAGUGAGAGCAAAUACAAUGACAAGGGGUUAUUACGGAGUAGGACCACCGCUAACCUAGAUGAAGACCAGCCGGACGACCCCGUUACUUCUCCAUACUCCUCGUCGUAUUCUAAAAACCACUACGGUUCGGACUUAUCCAGAAGUCGGUCCAGUCACGCUCUAAAAUCGCGUGAAACCUCGCCCGAUAGGCCUCUAACCAGUUCAUCAGGACCCGGAGACAAAGACGGCGGAUCGUUGAGCUCGUGGGCGAGGUAUCUGAAAAACAAAUACGGAAACCGUAGCAAAGAUAACGCGGCCAAAGACAACGGGCCAUCCUCCUCCUCCGGCGCUGCCUCUGCCAGUUCGCCAUCGGGCUCGUCUUCGGCCUCAAGACGUCUGUCAAUGGGAUUAGGAUCGCGAUCAAAUUCCACGGUUGCCGACAGUUCAGACGACGACCAAAAAAACAUGCAAAGCUCCCCCACCUCCCGUACAAUUAUCGAACCAGGUAUCCAGGGCGUAGGUUCUACCCCUAGAGUGCAGUACCUGCAAAAACGACAAUUGUUAUUCAAAAUCGGAGGCCGGGGGAGCGAGCCCGGAUAUUUCACUUGGCCUAGAGGCGUCGCCGUCGGUCCAGACAACCUCAUCGUCGUGGCGGACUCCUCGAACCACAGGGUCCAAGUGUUUGAUAGUCGUGGAAGUCUGUUCAAAGACUUUGGAUCGUACGGCAAUGGCGAAGGUGAAUUCGACUGUUUGGCCGGAGUGGCUGUGAACCGAAUCGGACAGUUUAUUAUCGCCGACCGAUACAACCACAGGAUACAGGUCCUGGAUCCAUCCGGAAGAUUUUUAAGGUCAUUCGGAAGUCAAGGUUCGAGCGACGGUCGAUUCAACUACCCCUGGGGCAUCACUACGGACGCCCUUGGGUUUAUAUAUGUGUGCGACAAAGAAAAUCACAGAAUUCAAGUGUUUCAAUCGGACGGGACGUUUGUGGGCAAAUUCGGUUCGCAAGGUAAUAAAAUCGGACAGCUGGAACAUCCGCACUACAUAGCCGUGUCCAAUACCAACAGAGUGAUCGUUUCGGAUUGCAACAAUCAUCGUGUUCAAAUAUUUGACGUUAACGGCAGAGUGAUCAGCUCGUUCGGUUCCGAAGGAUCGGAAAAUGGACAGUUCAAAUUCCCAAAGGGAGUAGCCGUGGACGAUCAAGGAUACAUCCUGGUGGCCGACUCUGGCAACAACCGGAUACAGAUUUUCCAUCCGGAUUCCACUUUCCUGCGGGCGUUUGGCUGCUGGGGAUCGGGAGACGGCGAAUUCAAAGGUCUUGAGGGCAUCGCUGUCAUGUCCAACGGCAACAUACUUGUGUGCGACCGAGAAAACCACAGAGUUCAAGUAUUCUAAACUUGACCGUGGGCCGCAUGACCAACCGUGAGCGGCUCAAACACGACGUGUACAUAUUAUGACGAUAUAUUAUUAUAAUAUAAUAUUAGUACUUAUAGUAAUGAAAUUAGAUCUUCUUCGUUCAGCUUUUUACCGUCAAAUCAAACCCCGAACAAAGUAAAAAAACCGAAAACCGCGUAAAACAAACAAUAUUAAUAAUGUUUCCGUCGAUAUUUCUUUACAAAAAAAAAAAAAAAACGCCGUUUGCUUUAUAUUUGUUAUAUAUUUUAUUUACUUUUUUUUUUAUUUAACUUUAAUACAUUGAUGUUGUUCAAAUUCAAAUGUGAUGUAAUAUUUUCAAAAAUGACUUACCAUAUAAACCGUAUACUACUAUGUCAAUAAAAAUUCGAAUUACA